AUGGUGUCAUUAUGUGAGGCGGCCGUUUGCGAGCCAUCUGACAAGCACGCGAGGCAGGUUUCUGACGAUACCGCCUCGACCGCCGAUUCCUCCAGCUGCAUGGUGCGAAGGGACGCCGAGGACGGGAAGGGGCACGUCGAUGCGAAGUCGCCCCAGCGCACGGGUGCCGACGAGGCUGAGAGCUUUCUCUCAGGCUUCCAAUUGCCCUCUUGGUGGAAAGUGGCUGCCUUUAAUUACCUUCAACCUCCUUUGUGGGCUGGUCCUGUCCCAGUUGCUUGGUGCCUCCUUGGACAAGCAAGCCUACAAAACCAUGCAUGA